AUGGACUACGUCGAGCACCGCAUGGCCCAAGAGGCCGCCCGAGAAACAGCCAGCGCCGCCCUCGCCACGCCCCUCAACCUCAUCCUCGCCUCCCUGCUCGCCUACACCGUCUACACCCUCUUCCGCCCCUCCUCGUCCUCGUCCUUCCUGCUCGCCCCCUCGCCGCCCCCCACCGUCUUCAGGACCUACACGCCGCGCACCCUGCUCCCCUUCGACGGCAACGGCCCCGCCGGCCUCGUCUACCUCGCCGUCCGCGGCGACGUCUUCGACGUCUCCAGCGGCCGCAACUUCUACGGCCCCGGCGGGCCCUACGCAAACUUUGCCGGCCGCGACGCCUCCCGCGGCCUCGCCUGCGGCAGCUUCGACGAGGACAUGCUCACCGAGGACCUCGACGGCCCGCUCGACAAGCUCGACGGCCUGCGCGACGACGAGCUCGAGGCCCUGCGCGGGUGGCAGGAGCGCUUCUCGGAAAAGUACCACGUUGUCGGCCGCCUCGUCUCGGCCGCCGACUACGCCAACCAAACGACGGCCGCAAAGGGCGCGGGCCUCUCCGACCAGGGCAACUAG